CUUCUUUGUAAAUCACUGCGGUGUUUCCUCAUUCUCUGAGUCAGGUCAGAAGGGAAAGGGAGGAGGGCAGUCUAACAGUGCAGAUUUAUGGAGCAAUAAUCAAAUCAGAUAAACUACAUCUGAUGAGAAGUCAUCACAGCUGUGAGAGCCGCACGAGGAAGCAACAAGUGACUUUCUCAGGGCUGUUUUUUCAGUGUGGAGGACUUCACCGCUGGACAAACAGAAGCAAGCUUGAGCCAAAGCUUGACAGAACGAGGUCGGAGGAAUUGCACAGAUUUUAACCGAGCGCUGGACUAUGGCUGUGCCCCUAAGAGAAGUUCACAAGAGGAGGUCGACCAUCACAGCUCUGCCUCUCUACUACUCUGGACACCUGCUGAUGAAACACAGAAAGGAGAAGAUUUUUAAGAGGUUCUACGGAGAGCUGCGGGGAGCCACUCUCUUUCUGUACAAGGAUGACACAAUGGACACAUACACAGAGAAGCUGGACCUGGAGGAGCUGCAUACCAUGGAGUUAGAUUCUCCUUAUGAGAAGAGGGCGCCAACUAUCUUCACUCUCACACUAAAAACAGAGGAGGUGCAGCUAAAGAUGGACAAUCCUGACAAAGGAGAGGAGUGGAGGGGUUAUAUUCUAACUGUGAUCAAAAAACAGCUUCCCAGUAAGCUGCAGCUGCUACCUGGCCAGGUGUUGCAGCUGGAGGAUGUUCUGGCUCAGGAGAAGAGAAGAAACAUGCCCAUGCCUCGUCCUCCUCUCCCACCCCGACCUUCCUUCCUACAGUCAGCCUCCACCUCCACCUCCUCCUCAACUCCACCGACCAAAGACGUGCCUGACGGAGUCCCUGGUGUUCCUGAGUGUUUCUUCAACGUGAGCCGGGCAGAGGCCGAGAGGAUGUUGAAGGCGAACCCUGAAUGUGGAAGCAUAAUCCUCCGUCCGUCCACCCACGCCAAGAACUACGCCCUGACCCUCAGACAGCUGACUGCCAGCGGGCCUGUCAUGAAGAACUACAGAGUGACUGCCACAGACUCUGGAUUUGUCAUUGAACUGGACACACCAGUGAGGGCCUCCUCCUUGAACGAUGUGCUCAAAUACUUCCUUGAGAAGACAGAGUACCGUCUUCAUCCCUUCAUGUCGUCACAGCCCUAUGACACCUGCAUCGAUGUGUCACCUGCUCCAGUGAGCAUCAGCCUCAGCACACCUACAACAAAGACAGUACCUAAGGCUCAAGUGGCACCGAUGCUGCGUCCUCUUCCUGACGAGCCAGUAGACGGCGAGUACAUCAAUCCUGAUGAUCACAUUCCCGACCGUCAAAAAAUGAAGCAGGUUCACUUCCAUGGAGAGCUUCGGGAAGCUUUGAAAUUAAGGAGAGAUACCAUAGACCCUGCGGCUGACAAGGAGGAAGCCUAUCAGAAUCAGACUGGUGACAAACCCCACACAGUUCAGUGGACGAACAAGAAGAUUGCAGGGAGUUCUUCGGACUUCAGGGUACAUUAUUUAAUACCAGCAGGAGAAGCCCACCAAAUUAUAAAGGAAGAACAUCCUCAACGGAAGGUGUUGCAUGAACAAGCCCCAAGACGCACAGUGCGCGUCUCAAUAAUCUUGUACUUCAGUUUGGAGACCACCUGCGGACAACUAAGUAAUUACUGCAGUUUUCAAUAAGUGCUUUGUAUGACAAAUGUUUUUGUUAAAAUGCGGCAGGAAAAGAAACCACUGUUACUCACUGUUAGGUAUAUAUCUAAUGUAUUGACUGUGAUGUUGAUUCUGUGUUAUGGAGUUUAGUGACACUUGUUAUACAUGUAAUUGAGUAAAAUGUCAGCCAAAAAAUCAGCAGGAAACCACAAAAUAUAAAUGUUGACAACUUUUUUUGGUCUUUUUUUUUUUUUUGGAACACAUAAAAUAUACAUAGAACUAAAUUUGUUUAAACAAACACACUUGGUACCUGGAGAACAUUACAUGCCAAACUGUCUGCACUAUAUAGGCCAACUCCCCCGUGUUGUUGGCCUUGAAUUUCUUUCAAUCUUGGGUUUCUGCUACUGUAGGAUAAAUUCCUUGGUCUGUGUAUUGAAUUUGUGGCUUGUACACUACUGCUUUAUCUACUUUAUCGCUUGUACUUAAUGUACUGUACAGGCCCAGGCAAGCUUCACUGGAAAUUGCCUACACAUUCCAUCCUUUUUAGUUACCCUAUCCUCUUCGGGUUGAAGGCCUGUGGAACCCAUUUCUAUUGCAGAGGCAAAUGCAGAGCGUUUUCUCUUCUGUACGCCCACCGUACCAUCAAAUUUAACAGACUGUCUGAGGAAACUGCUUCCUGUCAUGUGUCACAGUGCCACACACCCCAUUAACUAGACCAUCCGCUACAUUUAAGUUUUCCCUAAAAGCAGCGUCUCAUCUAAACAUGAGUCAUACACUCUGGAAUCAUGUCCACUUAUCAACUCGAGCUUGUCUGUUUUCUUACUAUUCACAUAAUCCUGAGCCUCUCUCUCGACAUAAUGCGGACAGCUCUUAAACAGCUGCUCUACAUUAUACUCAUUUACUUGUCGAUUUGUCGGAAAUAUGUCCAAAGCUGAGCUGACUUUGUCGGUUUCACAACGUUUUAAUAUUUCACUUGCAAAAUGUUAUGCUAAUCUGCCAAUAGGUGGCAUUGUUAUUGUUAAAUGACCAAAAAACAGGUUGGCGGCCUUCAUUUUUGAUUGUCCAGGCCAUCUCCCCCAGAGGGCAGUGCUGCCUUGCUAAUGGAUACAAACUUCUCUUCAGUAGUCUGUAGGGUCACACAGUGUGGUACUCUCAUUAUUUGUUCUUUAUGUAGAUUGCAGGGAGUUCUUCAGACUACAUUAUUGUACAUUAUUCAAUACCAGCAGGAGCAGAUUUUGAAGGAACAACUUACUCAACGGAAGGUGUUGCAUGAACAAGCCCAACAGCAGCGUGGCCCAACGCGCGUGGACUGCGAGGGCCCGUUCAUCGCUGCUUGCAGCUUAAAUUUAAUGUGUAAUUUUUUAACCUGGGCGGAUGGAUUACCAGCUCGCCUGUGGACAAACACUGUGCCAGUGCUGUGAAAAUAUGUGCGCUGGUUAAAUUAAAAUGAAAGAGGUUCCCAAUUUCUGUAAAACCAGAGGCUUUCUCAAUAACUAAAAGUGUAAAAACUGAACAUUAUGUAAAAAUCGCAGGAGCCAAUCUUUGUACAGAGCAGAAUCAUUGUCUAUUUUUGAUAUGAAGUAAAGAUCGAAGAGUAAAAUACAAAAAUCCUCCUGUUUAAAAGCUUUCAAUAAAAAACACAACCAAGGAUGAUCAUUAUUCUUUAUUCUUCACACGUAGGAGUAAGUCAACAUAAAUGUUUCAAAUGUUAUAAUCAUGUCUUUAUAAGUUAUUCCAUUAAGAUUGUAUUUUCAUAGUUCUCGCCAUUAUCAUGGAUCAUGUUAUAGGUUUAAAGUUUAAGGAUCAUUCAUCACUCGAUAAAAGACAGCAAGACUGUGAAAAAUAUUCAAUAAAAAAGAAAAAACAAAGA